AUGCGGGUGGCGGAAGGCGGCGGCGAUGGUGGUGGGAGUCGGUUUGAGGCGAGUAUCUUGCGGAAACCGCGGUUGAAUGACACGCGUGCGAGACGCUGGACGGGUGGCGAGAGACUGCAAGAUGUGCUGGUGGGGACGUGGGCGACACCGGAGGAGGCGAGGGAGGAGUUGGUGGAGGAGGGGUGGGAUUUUGUGGAGAGCGCUGAUGGGCGGGUGGCGUGGGUGGUGUGGCGGAAUGGUGCGGCGGCGGGCGAGUUUGAAGACUGCAAGGUAGAGUGGAAAUGGGGUGUGGAUACGUCGGAGAAUGAUCGGGGCCGGGCUGGAAAUGGGGUGGGGUUCAUGGAUGCGUUGGAAGCCAGCUGUAUUGUCGUGCUCUGGGCAAGGGCUGAGGGUCGGCAAUCGGAGGACAAGGUAGGAGCAGCAUCGAUUGAGAUCGAGUAUGAACUCCCUCCUCCCAACUGGUAUGAGCUACCUUUCUGGCCGUCGUACUAG